AUGUUUUUACAAUCGGCGAUUAUUUCAAUUAUUGCCACAUUAACAACGCAAAGGCUGCUGCUACUCGCCAGCAUUGCCAGCUGCUUUGCCCUGCUGCUAAAUGUUGGCGGCGUCGCAGCGGCGUUGGACUGGCAACAGGUUAAGCCAAUGUAUUUGGUGUCCAUGUAUCCGGGACCGUUCGGCAUGGCCUUGUCCCAGCCAACCACCUCUCUGUCCGCCGAACUGGAUGCGGAAAUGAGCGCCACAAACGAUGACAGUCGCAUUAGCAGCGACGCCGACGGCAGCAGCGAUUUCAGCGCUCUGCCUACGGACGACGUCGAACCGGAACCAUUGGUAUUGAAUUUGGAGACAACACCGCUUCUGGACAGCAUGCUGCCCGACGGUGCUAUGGCCAUGGAUCGGAUCUUUGGGGGUGAUGUUGGCAAUCCACAUUGCUUUCCCUAUCAGGUGGGCAUGCUCCUGCAGCGUCCCAAGGGCCUCUACUGGUGCGGCGGCUCGCUAAUCUCCGAUCAGCAUGUGCUAACAGCCGCCCAUUGUGUGGAUAUGGCCAAACGUGCCUUGGUCUUCUUGGGCGCCAAUGAGAUCAAGAAUGCCAAGGAGUCGGGACAGGUGCGUCUGAUGGUGCCAAGCAGCAAUUUUCACAUCUAUCCCACUUGGAAUCCCAAGCGGCUCAAAGAUGAUAUUGCUCUGAUUAAAUUACCACAUCCUGUUAGCUUUAAUGAACGCAUUCAUCCGAUACAGCUACCAAAGCGACACUAUGAGUACCGCAACUUCAAGAACAAAUUGGGAAUUGCAUCAGGCUGGGGACGUUAUGCGACUGGAGUGCAUGCGAUCAGUAAUGUGCUGCGCUAUGUGCAGCUCCAGAUCAUCGAUGGACGCACCUGUAAGCGCAACUUCCCGCUCUCGUUUCGGGGCACGAACAUCUGCACGAGCGGACGCAAUGCGCGCUCCACGUGCAACGGGGAUUCGGGUGGACCGCUGGUGUUGCAGCGCCGUCACUCAAAGAAACGGGUGCUGGUGGGCAUCACCUCAUUCGGCAGCAUCUAUGGCUGCGAUCGCGGCUAUCCGGCGGCUUUCACCAAGGUGGCCUCAUACCUUGACUGGAUUAGUGAUGAGACGGGUGUGCAUUCGCAUCAGGACACCACGAAGGCCAUUUUCUUUGACCAGUACAUAAAGAACUAUGGGAAAAAGCACCACAAUCGCAAGCUCGAAAUGGAUGAUGUGCCCGACGAACUGGACGUUCAUCAUUCAUUGCCCCAGUCCGAUGAGAACGAUACGUCCGAGACGGCUAGCCUACGGUCACAUUCCCAGCCCAAGUCCGAAAAUGAUUUCUAUUUCUUGUAGCUUUCAAUAAACAUUUAUUUUA